AUGGUGCAUGACAGCACAGAACAUCCAUUGGAUAUCCAGAUUUGGUUUCAAUCUGGUCCAAACAUCCAUGGACUUAAUAUAAGUCAUAAUUCGCUGCCUGAAUUAUCGAGCCAUAUUUGGAAGUUGAAUGCUUUGGUGGAAUUAAAAAUAAGUCACAAUUGGUUGGAACACUUACCAGAAAACAUUCAAAAUGCUCAAAAUCUUCGUAUUUUGGAUUUGUCACAUAACUUUUUAAAGUAUUUGCCAGCAAAGAUAAUAUAUUUGGAAUUGCAAACUUUAGAUGUUUCGAUGAAUCCAUUUGCCAAAAAAUGGGAAUGUGACAUAUUGGUACCAAGUCUUGCCCAAUUUGCAGCAAAAACACUGGAACAAUAUUGCAGAGAAAGACAAGUAAUUUUCCAAUUUGAUGUAAUAAAUGAAUAUGUAGCUAGAAAUGCAACCCACAAUUGCUACUAUUGCGAAAAUAUUUGUACAUCUCCCUACGUAUACGCAACGAGGGCAUUGAAACCUAUAUUGGAAGUAGCUAUUAACGUAAUAAAAGAAACACCAGAUAUGCCAGUGGUAUUAUUUGAAUUUUGCUUUUGCUUUCCUUGUAAGGAUAAGGACUACUGA